GCCCGUUUAGGUGCAUGCAGUCCUAACUCCCGCCUUCGCUCAGGGACGCCGCCUACCUUGCGCAUCCCCUCCACCAUGUCCACGCAGCCUCUGCUGCAGCGCACUGCGGCGAAGCGCAUCGCUCUGCCCGUCCGGGUCGAGCCCAAAGUCUCCUUCGCGAACGAGAGGACGUUUCUCUCGUGGCUGCACUUCACCGUAGUCCUUGGCGGCCUUGCCGUCGGUCUGCUCAAUUUUGGAGAUAAGGUUGGAAAAAUCAGCGCGGCGAUGUUCUCGGUGGUCGCUAUGGCGGUGAUGGUGUAUGCUCUAUACACAUAUCACUGGAGGGCGGCAUCCAUUCGCAAGGGUGGACGUGGGCCGUACGAUGACAGAUAUGGACCUACAAUAUUGUGCAUUGCUCUGCUGGUCGCUAUCGUCGCAAACUUCAUCUUGCGCUUCUCACAGGAAGAUACGAAACCCUGAACGAGGCUUCCGAGCUUUCAGAGGGGACACAUUUAGCGUGGCAUCCCGCGUACCGUAUACCACAGCCUAGGAUAUCACUGACACGGGGGCUUCCUUCGCCGCCGACCUUGUUUACCUUGUCUCGGUCCUGUAUCUGUACCUGCAAGGAACCAUCUUACCGUCUGCUUCCAU